AUGUACUCCAACAGUCAUUUGGUUCUGCUGGUCCUACUGGUGAUCACUUGCUUUCAUUCCAAAACUGUGGCCAAAGAUGAACUCAUGAAUCAGUUUUGUUUAAACACUGAUGAACCUGUACACAUGGAUUCCUCAACAGUACAAGGUCACGGAAUCUCCACAACUUUCUCUAAUUUAGCUACAACAAAUACAGCUAAACAGGAUCACACAGAACAACCACACACCACACAAUCACGUGGACGUUCAGAUACACCUGUACACAUGGAUUCGUCAACAGUCAAAUGUCAAAAAAUCUCUACAACCUUUUUCAAUUUAGCUUCAACAAAUCCAGCUCAACAGGAUCACACACAACAGCUACAACCUGUAGAAUCAUAUGGACGUUCAGACUCAGUGAAACUAACAGCAUGCUGUUUCAGUUACUAUGAGAGUCCAAUCCCUAUCAGAGUCAUUACAGGGUAUAAAGUAACAGGCCGUCACUGUACUAUACCUGCAGUCGUCUUUACCCUGAAGAAGAACCAUCAGGUGUGUGUAGAUCCUGAACAUAAAUGGGUGCAGCACCACAUGAGAAUUAUUGACAAGAUCCUGAAUAAAAGACUGAACAAACCUCAAUAAAGUGUGUAAAUACUGAUGUGACUUUUC